GUCUUAGCAAACAGAAGUGUGAACCAUCGAUCCAUGUCCGAUGUUGUAGGUUUGCAUCGGAUCCUAAAUAUGGAUAUCUGGAACGCAAGUGAGGCUAAAAAUCCCCCUCAAGUUGGGGAAAGAUUACUGCCAAUCCCAUUCCCAAUUUUCUCUCUUCCUUCUCCUCUCUUUUCUCACCCUCCGAACACCAAAAUGGAGGUCUUCAUCAUCGUCUUCUUCACAGCAAAUCCUCCACCAACUUCCAGUUUAUUCUCUAGCUCUUCUAGGGUUUCCCCGUUCUUUACUUCUCAUGGAAAUUCAUUCGGAACCCUAGAUUGAUUCUGCUAGUCUUUUGCUCCUCCAUUGAUGACGGUUACCGGCUCUGCAUUUACCACAUGUUCAGGGCAGGUAUCUUCGCAUCAUUGAGGAUUGUAACUUAACAACCUAAUGGGGUUGAAACAUACAAAGGAGGGGCCACCCAAAGUUGAAAACCUGAGUUUACAUCAUCACUUGAUCAAUUACCUCGCAGAAAAUUUAUAUAUUCGUAAUUUGGUAUCCAAGAAACGGCGGAGAAUGCUUAUUGCUGGGUAUGAUCUUGACAUGUCAUAUAUCACAGAUCGAUUACUAGCAAUGUCAUUUCCUGCAGAACGUAUGCGAGCAAUGUAUAGAAAUCCUCUCUGGCAGGUCAAAUCUGUGCUGGAUAUGAGACACCAUGACCACUAUAAGAUAUAUAAUCUAUGUAUAGAAGAGAAUUAUGAUCCAGCACACUUUUAUGGUCGUGUGGAAGCAUAUCCCUUUGAUGACAACCAUGUACCACCUCUUGAAAUGAUCAAGAACUUCUGUGAAAGUGUGCAUUCGUGGUUAUCCAGUGACCCAAAAAAUAUUGCUGUCAUCCAUUGCAUGGCAGGGAAGGGUAGAACUGGCUUGAUGGUAUCUUCAUACCUAGUUUACUGCGGUAUGUCCACAGAUGAGGCUCUUCAAUUGUAUGCUGAUAGACGGACAACCAAUAACGAAGGAGUGUCAAUACCAAGCCAAUGUCGUUAUGUAGGGUACUGGGAAAGUAUACUAUCUGUUCCUAGAGGCAUUCGUAAUGAACCAGUAACUGUGAGCUUGCCUCAACCAUGUAGCAGAGAAUUGCGGCGAAUCCGGCUUUAUGAUACACUUAAUGUUGAAGCGAUCUUCUUUGUGAUCUUAGAGAUGCAGAAGGUUCCUAAUCAAGUCUACUGUCCAUCAGUGGAGAUUAUUCGGAGCAGCUGCAGACGAAUUAAGAAAGGAUAUCAGCAAAACUACAGUCCUUGCUAUUAUCUCUCUUAUGUAGAAGGUGAUGAAGAUGGAAAAGAAUCAAAAUUAGAGGAAGCUCGUGUUGUAGUCCAAAUGGACACUGAGGAUCCGGCAAUAUACCAAAAAUCUUGUCUGGACCAUUACUUUGACAAACCAGUCCAACUUACUGGAGAUGUUCGUGUCAUAUUCUAUCAAAAAAUGAUGGGAAGCCGACUUUUCUACUGCUGUUUUAAUACAGCUUUUAUUAGGAAUGGCUUGCUACAGCUGAGGAUGAAGGACUUGGACAAAGUAGGGAAUAAAGGAAGAUCAAUCUGUGGGCCAUGCUUCUGCUUAGAAUUUCUGUUUGGCCCAGCCAACAUGAAACACUCGGCAACUCCAUCUAAUGAGGAUUCUGAGGAUGAAUAUCCUUAAAAACUUUGCAAAGGUCCAUGCAAAGAUGAUCCUGCCAAGUCCCAGUUUUGCCCCUU